AACAAAUUGUAAAAUGUCCCAUUAAUUAAAGUAUUAAACCAAAAAGAUCCGAAAGCAUACACUAUUUUCUAGAGUGAGAAAGUGGAUAGAGAGAGAAAUCAAUUAUCAUUACGAAUUGUCCAUCUCUUCUAAACCCACUCCUAUAUAUACCCAAAACCAGCAUCAUUUCCUUCUUUCUGAUAAUAAACCAAUAAACGACACACACAAACCCCCCCUCCCCCUUUCUCUCAGUUCCGCCAUUAUUGAACUAAGUAGGGUUUUACAAAAAUCACCAAAAUUAAUCCAUUUCUGCAGAAAUGGAUGCUUAUGCGCUUCACUUGGCCAUGGCGGCGCUCGUAGGAGCGUCGUUUGUGGCGGUUUCGGCGUACUACAUGCACCGGAAAACUCUGUCGCAGUUUCUGGAGUUAACCAAGACAUUUGAGAGAGAAAGGGAGGGGGAAGAAGCAGAGGAGGAGGACGGGAAGCAGCUUUCGCCUCGGCAUUACCGGCGUUUGCCCGAUCGUCGCCGUCAGAAGAGUAUCGGAGCUUAUCGCCGUGCCUCGUUGUCGUUGCCUGAUGUUACUGCGAUUUCCGGCGAGGCUGACGCUGUCGAUAAGCGUAAUAGUGUUCUUCCUGUUGAAGGUAUUCCUGCUGGUUUGCCCAGGCUGCGUAGCCUCUCCGAAGGGAAAGCUGCCAGCCUUACGAGUUCAGCUAGCAGAUCUUACAUGAUGAGACCUAUGUCUCCAAAGUCCCCUGUUGCCAGUGCCUUUGAGAGUGUAGAAGGAUCUGAUGAUGAAGAUACCUUCACAGAUAAUUCUAAACUGGAUCCCACAUAUCUUCACUCUAAUGGAAAUGCUGGUCCAGAACUGACGAGCCAAUAUCAAGAUUUACCAGGGAACACUAACAAUGGAGAUCAAGUUCCUAUAACUUCUCCGAACAUGAUUCGCUCUCACAGUAUAUCUGGUGAUUUGCAUGGCGUUCAGCCUGAUCCCAUAGCUGCCGAUAUUCUGAGGAAGGAGCCAGAGCAAGAAACAUUUGUUCGGCUAAAAAUAUCUCCAAGUGAGACACCAGCACCUGAUGAAGUGGAAUCUUAUUUGGUUCUCCAAGAAUGCCUUGAACUACGAGAGAGCUAUGUGUUCAGGGAAGGAGUUGCUCCAUGGAAAAAAGAAAUCAUAUCUGAUCCCAGUACGCCUAAGCCGAAUCCAAAUCCAUUCUAUUUUUCCCCCGAGAGAAAAAGCAACCACUUUUUCCAAAUGGAGGAUGGAGUUGUCCAAGUUUAUGCAAGUAGAGAUUCAAAAGAGAAGCUAUUCCCAGUUGCUGAUGCAACUACAUUUUUCACUGAUCUGCAUCACAUUCUUCGAGUUAUAGCAGCUGGAAACAUUCGAACCUUAUGUCAUCAUCGAUUAGUUCUAUUGGAGCAAAAAUUCAAUCUUCACUUGAUGCUUAACGCGGAUAGGGAGUUUCUUGCCCAGAAGAGUGCACCACAUCGUGAUUUCUAUAAUGUUAGGAAAGUUGAUACACAUGUUCAUCAUUCAGCAUGCAUGAACCAGAAGCAUCUUUUGAGGUUUAUAAAGUCAAAGCUGAGGAAGGAGCCUGAUGAGGUUGUGAUAUUUCGUGAUGGGACCUAUUUGACUUUGAAAGAGGUUUUCCAAAGCUUGGAUUUGACUGGAUAUGACCUGAACGUUGAUCUUUUGGAUGUUCAUGCCGACAAAAGCACAUUUCAUCGCUUUGACAAGUUUAACCUCAAGUAUAAUCCCUGUGGUCAAAGUAGACUAAGGGAGAUUUUUCUCAAACAGGAUAAUCUCAUCCAAGGACGUUUUCUUGGAGAGCUUACCAAGCAAGUUUUCUCUGAUCUUGUUGCCAGUAAAUAUCAGAUGGCAGAAUACCGAGUGUCAAUAUAUGGUAGAAAGCAAAGUGAGUGGGACCAACUGGCCAGUUGGGUCGUUAAUAAUGAUCUCUACAGCGAGAAUGUUGUUUGGUUAAUUCAGAUUCCAAGACUCUACAAUAUAUACAAGGACAUGGGGAUUGUAACGUCGUUUCAGAACAUGCUUGACAACAUCUUUCUUCCCUUGUUUGAGGUUACAGUCGAUCCAAAUUCACAUCCUCAUCUGCACCUAUUCUUAAAGCAGGUGGUUGGGCUGGAUCUGGUGGAUGAUGAGAGCAAACCCGAGCGUCGCCCCACAAAACAUAUGCCUGCGCCAGAACAGUGGACCAACAUCUUCAAUCCUGCGUUUUCAUACUAUGCAUAUUACUGUUAUGCUAACCUCUACACCCUGAACAAGCUGCGGGAGUCCAAGGGUAUGACGACGAUAAAAUUCCGUCCUCAUGCUGGAGAGGCUGGUGACAUUGACCAUCUGGCUGCAACAUUUCUCACUGCCCAUAAUAUUGCACAUGGGAUCAAUUUGAGGAAAUCUCCUGUACUUCAGUAUCUCUAUUAUUUGGCACAGAUUGGCCUGGCAAUGUCUCCUCUUAGCAACAAUUCUUUAUUUCUGGAUUAUCAUCGCAACCCUUUCCCCAUGUUCUUCUUGCGUGGUCUUAAUGUUUCCCUUUCGACGGAUGACCCAUUACAAAUCCAUUUAACUAAGGAGCCUUUAGUGGAAGAAUACAGUAUAGCUGCUUCGGUAUGGAAGCUAAGUUCUUGCGACUUAUGUGAGAUUGCCCGCAAUUCAGUCCUCCAGUCGGGAUUCUCUCAUGCAUUCAAGAGGCAUUGGAUUGGUGAACACUACUUCAAAAGAGGUCCAGAUGGAAAUGAUAUCCACAAGACAAAUGUACCUCAUAUACGAGUUGAAUUCCGUCACAUGAUAUGGAGGGAGGAGAUGCAACAGGUAUAUCUCGGAAAAGCAAUUAUCCCUCGUGAAGUGGAUAAGUGAUAAGUCAGCCGUAUUCAAGUCUUCAAUGGUCGGCAAUACUGUAAACUGCUUCAACUUAAACACACAAAUGCAGAAGUUGCAGGAUGUUUGCAUUCAUGUAUCUGUUAUGUACACAAGAUUACUGGAGGUGUGAGGCUAGGCUAAACUAUAUAUUGAUGGUUGCCGAAUUGCAACUGUUAUCAUAAUUUAGAAUGAUACAACAAGCUUCAUAUUAAAACAGGAUAGAACUAUAUAAUGAAGUAUACUUUUUUUAGGGAUGAGUUAAUACAAGGGAGCUUGUUAUGUAUAAAUAAAUAAAUAAAUAGCAAUUAUUUUGAGAAGAAAAGUGGAAUAUUGUCCACAAAUUUUGGCCUUCUCAUGCUGCUAGAUGUAUGUGUAAUGGACUAAUGGGACUUCUGGUUUUGAUUAGGGCAUUUAUUCAUUGUAAUCUAUGUAUGGUAAACUUGAUCUUGAGGUCAUCUUAGUAAAAUGCAGUAAUGUCAAAUUUUAGUGAAA